AUGACAGUUUGUACUAAUGGACAAGUUGUAUUAGAAGAAAAAUACGAACGCUGCAGAUUCACUAAAUCAGAAAUCAUAAGUUAUGCUAGAUGGUUGGGAAUCAAUCUUAAACGAGAACCAGAAUUAUAUCCCUUAGUAUAUGAAGGGAUCAAAGCUCCGCUUCCGGUUGGUUGGAAACCUUGUAUGAAUACCAAUGGGGAUAUAUACUAUUUCAAUUUUUUCACAGGUCAAUCUACGUGGGACCAUCCUUGUGAUGUUUAUUAUAAGAAUAUGGUAUUAGAGUAUAGAAAAAAUAAAAGCUGCACGAACGUCACUGAUAGAAAGCAAAAGUACUUUAAAAGAUCACUCCAUAAAAAGUCCUUUGGUGCUUGUCAUGGAAUUAAGCUACUCCACAUAGAAACAUAUAAUAAGUCAACCAGCAACCAGACACAGAACAAUGGUACUUCGAGGAGUAAUAUUAAUUAUAUUCACAAUUUAAAGCUUUCUAAUGAACACCCAGUCUCCCAAAACUUAAGUGGCACAGAAAAUGAGCCUUUAGUUAACAAACUUAAGCCUUCUGAAAAUAGCGAUGGUCAAUUUAGGAAAAGCACAGGUGUCCAGUAUGAAUCACCACGUGAAUUGCAAGCAAUACCAAGCAGAGAGAAUACAGAAAACAGUAAAAAUCAGACAGAAUUGGCACUGGUUAGUCAAGUUGAUGAAAACCUCCUGAAUUUUUCAUUGUUAAGUAAUUCUGAAGACUUCACUAACAGUAUAAGAUCCAAAACACUAAAUGUAGCUAAAUCGUAUGGAUUUUCUGAAACAGCACAAGAUGAAAUGAACUCAAUCAACUGCUAUAAAACAAAAAUCAAUCAGAAUAUGUUAACAGGUUACUCGGUGUACGAACGAUCGGAAGAAUCAAUAAAUAACAAAAAUACCGACAUCUGUAACAGCGACAUUUCAGUCCAUAACCAUCUUCAAACCAAAACAGGAUCAGACUGUAUGACAAAAUUACUAAAGAAAAUGGAGCAAAAUCAUGAGGAAGUACUAGGAGCAAGUUACAAAUUAUGUUCAAUGCAAAAUGAACUAGUUAACUGGUGUAAUGAAAUCGAAAAACGCCUAUAUGAUAUUGAUAGCAGAUAUAAGAUCUCUUUUUGCAGGAAUAGGAUGUUAAGGGGAGAUAAUGACCUGCGCAUAUUUUUAGAACCGCGUGAAAUUAAUCAACAGGAUUAUGGGGAUACUAGUCUAUACAAUAAAGCUACAUGUAAUGAAUAUCUUUCAUACAAUUCUAAUUUGUCGAAUAAUACAAAAAACAAACGACCACAUUCUAGCGAUGAUUAUCUAUUGAGGAGUGAAAAACACACUUGUACAGAGACAAAAAUGAAUGCCAUAAGUACAAACUCUUUAGUAUCUAAAACAAACCAUAAUGAAAACUUUGUUCCUAUAAGCAGUUCUAGAUCACAAAACCUAGUGAGACAUUUAUCAAUAGUCGACAUAUCUAAACCACAAUAUACUGUCACUAAUUGGAACAGACUGUCUAGUGACUGGAAUACAGUAAGAACAAAACUAUACCAUGGGAAGUUUCUUUAUUCACCAAAAAACCUCCCGCAAAGCAUGAUAAAUCAACAACUUGAAGAUUAUUCAAGAUGGUUACAACAAGCUGAAGCGUACAUGAGAACUUUACAGUCCGUCUGAAUAUUAUUCAAAUCUCAGCGUAAUUUCAGUCGGAUUGUGUACAACGAUGCUAACUUUGCCACACAAUUUUAAAAAAGUAUUACAGUUAAUAAGAUCGACAUUUUGAAUAUUAAGUGCUUCGAGAAAAUUACAGUUUCAUUGACAUAUUUGGCUAAUGUUCAAUAAACCCAUUGUAAAAUAUCUAGUUUGUUUUUAAAAAUUCCCCCUGAAUUUCUUUGACAUGUUAUUGGACAAAUCUAUCUCUGUGUAGCCACUGGUCUGUAGUAAUGACCAGAUAUUUAGUUUAUACCCAAUAAGCGACUAGACUAAGAUAUUGUAAAACAGUCAAUAUAACACAAUCUGCUGAA